AUGAGCACCCCAAGCGACAAUCAUGACUUUGAAUUUGCUCAAAAGGGUCUUGUUGCUACUUUCGUAGAUCCAUUCAUCUACUCCGAUCGGAAGCAAGAAGUUAUCUGGAACAAUAACGCCUACAAUUACCUUCAAGAAGAGGCCCCAGAAACCGCUAACAAGUCUCUAUGGAGACAAGGGCAGCUCUGCGCCGUGGAAGCAGGUCUCUACCAAGUCAGCACUGGGAUUUACCAAGUGCGUGGGACGGACAUAGCCAACAUGAACAUUAUCCAGAUUCCGGGUACCAACGGCAUCAUUAUUAUCGACUGUCUGACCUGUGUAGAGACCGCGCGAAAGUCCCUUAACCUCUACCAGGAAUUCCACAAAGGCCAGUUUGGCCAAGACCCAGAGAUUAAGGCCCUCAUCUAUACCCAUUGCCAUGGCGAUCACUUUGGUGGCGCCCAGGCAAUUACAGAGAUUGCGGGUGAUGAUCUCAGAAUUAUUGGUCCUGACGGUUUUCUGGAACAUGCUGUGAGUGAAAAUAUUUACGUUGGAGCAGCAAUGGGCCGGCGGUCGAUUUAUAUGUACGGAGAAGGACUGCCGAAGUCGCCGACAGGACAAAUUGGCUGUGGGUUGGGCCAAGCGUUGCCGUCAGGAACCAGCUCCUUGCUUGCGCCAAAUCAAUACAUCAAGCAAGAUGGUAUUUUAUCCCCUAGUAUUGAGGGGCUAGAGAUUGUUUGCCAGUUGACCCCGGGCACAGAAGCCCCGGCCGAAGUCAACUUUUACUUUCCGGCAUACAAGGCCCUUUGCAUGGCGGAAAACGCAACUCAUACCUUACAUAACAUCCAGACACUUCGGGGCGCCCAGGUUCGAGAUGCGAGACUCUGGUCGCGACACCUUGAUCAAGCUAUUGCCUUGUUUGGCGACAAAACAUCAGUCGUGUUUGCUAGCCACCACUGGCCGACUUGGAAUGAAGACGACCAGAACUUGGUCCUCCCCUUCCUGGAGGAGCAACGCGAUUACUAUGCGUACCUUCAUAACGAAACGCUCCGACACCUCAACAGCGGCCAGACUCCCGUGGAGAUUGCCGAAAGCAUCCAGAUGCCGCCGAAUCUGAGCUCCAAGACGCACCUCAGGGGGUACUAUGGGUCUGUCAACCAUAAUGUCAAGGGCGUGUAUGACAAGUAUAUGGGCUGGUUCGACGGUAACCCGGCAAAUCUAUGGCCGCGUACCCCCGUAGAGUCGGCGACGCGAUAUGUCGCCUGCAUGGGCGGCAGCGAUCAAGUUCUGGCCAAGGCCAAAGACUUUAUCGCGAACAACGAUUUGCGAUUUGCAGCCACUCUUUUAAACCACCUCGUUUUCGCCGACGACAAAAAUGCUGCUGCAAGGAAGGAGCUGAUAUCAGUCUAUACAACACUUGGGUACGGUUGCGAAAACGGCACGUGGCGCAACAUUUACUUGACGGGGGCGUAUGAACUGGAACACGGACCCGAAGCUGCUGUCAACGCAAUGUCACUCGAGUCUUUAAUGUCUGUUGACCUCGACGAGCUCUUUGACGUGGUGGCCAUCAACGUGGAUGGCCCUCGGGCAUGCAAUGAGCCGGGCGUCACCAUUGAGUUCAUGAUAGGCGAUAUGAAGGCGUCGCCGAAGCAGCCGACUGAAGGUGCGGGCUGGCACGUCCGGCUGAGCAACGGUGCCGUCACGGGACGAGCUGUCGAGUACGUUCCGUCUCCGGAGCCGCGGGACCCCAAUGUUACAUUAACCGUGUGGCUCUUGCACAAGGCUCUUGUUGAACUGGUGGCAUCGGCGGUGGCGGGUAAACCCACGAGCAUCGACUCUCUCGACAACGUGACUACCUAUGGGGAUACGCUUGCGUGGGAUAUGAUUACAUCACUCGUUACACAACCAAAUGUUGCGUUUAACAUUGUUACUCCCUAA